UGCCCGGAUGAUGCUUCUGUUUCCAACAUGGCGCGGGGGAGGUCCUGUUGCCCAGGGGCUCGACUGUAGAUAAGCGCAUUUAGCCACUUUUACUAAACUUUGUAAUCGUCUCAUAGCUGAAAAUUGCGCUCUGGUGAGUUUAUGGACUCCGGUGCUUGACGGACUCAACAUUAUAUACCAGGUCUGAUGCUCUGCCGCAGCCAUGUUCACCAAGAAGAAAAAGCAGCGCAUUCAGAUCUCAGCUCCCUCUAACUUUGAGCACCGUGUGCACACUGACUUUGAUGAGCAGGAACAGAAGUUUGUGGGGCUUCCUCGUCAAUGGCAGAGCCUCAUCGAAGACACAGCCAAAAGGCCCAAGCCCUUUAUUGAUGCCACAGUCAUUACUACUGUGGAGCCUCGCAAGGCAAUAGUACGAGGCAGUAAGAUCGGAGUGGAUGGCUCUCUGACAUGGCUUCUGGAUGAGUUUGAAACCAUGUCAGUGAUCCGUUCAAACUCCCUGCGACGGGGCAGUCCUCCCACACAGCCUCGUAGUGACUCGAGCUCCUCUGGGAUGCAGGAGAACGGAGAGUAUGCUCACAGGCACUAUGAGCAUGCAGGCGAGACGAAAGACAGAGAGAAAACACGUCCCGAUUCCCAUAGACCAGCCAGAGGCCCCAGAGAAGAUGGGAGACCGAUGCAGCCCCAUGGCCAAGAGCCAAGCAGGCACAAAGAGCAAGAACGACCCCCUGGACCUCCUGCUCCGCCUCACAGAGAGCGAGACAGAGAUCGUGACCACAACAACCCAGUGGUCUGGAGGGAAGUGGCCAAUGACAAACGGCCAAAAUCGAGCUAUACAGGUGAGGACGAAAGUCUGCAGUCCCCGCGAGACAAGAGACCUCUCUCUGGACCGAAUGUUCGAACUCCCAAUCUGCCUGUUACAGAGGGGGUGAUGAAGACAGCACAGCAAACCCGGCCAUUUAACACUUACCCCCGCACUGAAAGUGGCUCAGCAAGAAAUCCUAGCAGUCAGGACCUGAAAACCGCCAGAACUCAGGAUUCUCCCCCAAAUGGCCCAUCCAGCAGUUCAAGCCGAAGUGGGAACAGUGGGGGUAAGGGCUCUUCCCAGCAGCAUCAUGCUUCUCAUCCUGCUUUGGGUCCAGAGCCCCCCCACAACCAGCAAUUUCCACCAGCCUCUCGACCCCCUGGACCACCCCAGCAACCUCAGCGUGUUUCUCAUGAGCAGUUCCGUGCUGCAUUGCAGAUGGUAGUGGAUCCUGGUGACCCUCGCACCUACCUGGAUCACUACAUCAAAAUUGGCGAGGGCUCCACCGGUAUUGUGUGUAUUGCAACAGUUAAGAGUACGGGCAAACUGGUGGCUGUGAAAAAAAUGGAUCUACGGAAACAACAGCGACGAGAGUUGCUCUUUAAUGAGGUUGUGAUCAUGCGAGACUAUCACCACGAGAAUGUUGUGGACAUGUACAACAGUUACUUAGUUGGUGAUGAGCUCUGGGUUGUCAUGGAGUUUCUUGAAGGCGGAGCGCUUACCGACAUAGUGACACAUACAAGGAUGAAUGAAGAGCAGAUUGCCACAGUGUGUCUGUCUGUCCUUAAGGCUCUGUCAGUGUUGCACGCUCAGGGUGUCAUCCACAGAGACAUUAAAAGUGACUCUAUUCUACUUACUCAUGAUGGCAGAAUAAAGCUGUCUGACUUUGGCUUCUGUGCCCAAGUUUCAAAAGAGGUUCAACGUAGAAAGUCGUUAGUUGGAACGCCAUAUUGGAUGGCACCUGAGCUCAUCUCAAGACUGCCAUAUGGACCAGAGGUGGACAUUUGGUCACUUGGUAUUAUGGUCAUUGAAAUGGUUGAUGGUGAGCCUCCAUAUUUUAAUGAACCUCCACUCAAAGCAAUGAAGAUGAUUCGAGACAACUUACCACCCAAACUGAAGAACCUUCACAAAGUUUCACCACUUCUCAAGGGUUUCUUGGACAGAAUGCUUGUUCGGGACCCUGCCCAGAGGGCCACAGCCCAGGAGCUGCUCAAGCAUCCAUUCCUCUCUAAAUCUGGUCCCCCUUCUUGUAUCGUUCCCCUCAUGAGGCAAAACCGCAUGAAAUGAGUGCAAGAAUCCAUUUCACCAGGACCCUCUGCUAUCUCAAAGCACAGCCUUUGAGACAGGAGGCCUGCAGAAAGGAGCAGCUUUGUGCACUUCAAGUUUUAGAUCAAGUGUUUUGAAGAAGAAAAAAAACAGACUUGCCUCCAAAUCCUAUAAACACGGCUGUUGGCUUGAGCUUAGGCCUUUGGAAAGGACUAAACCAAAAUAAGCCCUGCAAAGACAACACAUGAUUUUACUGAUGAGAAGUCAAUGUCUCUGUUCCUCUUUUUAUUAGGAGGGGUUUUGGAUUAUUUUGCAGUUUAAAUCAUCUCUCACUGGCUUUGAUUCUGGAUGAAGCAAUUAACCUCUGACUUAAAAUUGUUUAACCAGAAAGUUUUUGGAGAUGCCGUUUCACCUCCCAUCAUGGAAGCGGCGCUCUGUUUCUAAACUCAAAGUUCACCUCCUGCACCAUAACCACUUUCUGACUUCUGGUCAAUUUAAAGAGGAAAAUAACUACUGAAGACCUGUAUUAUAUUUUAUCAAAAUAGAAGGAAAAAAAACACUACGCUCCUGUUACAACACUAGACUAGGUAAACACUGGAAGUGUACUCUUAAUUCAGACCUUUUUCCAAGUUUUUGGGUGUUUAAUGAAACAUAGUCCCAUGUAAUUUUAAUAGAUUUUUUUUUAAUCACUGUUCUAGGUUUGAAGCUACACUCCUGUUCAUUUUUUUAAUCCAACUUAGAAAAAAAGUGUUUUCUCUUUCAAACAGAAUGAAAUAUUGGCAGAUAUAUAAAGGGAUCUACCAUGUAGCUCAGCAUCUCAGCAUGCAUUAAGAUGUGAACUGUGCAAGUGAAACAUCCUCAACUAUGUGAACGUAUAUCUUAAGCCCGGGUGUCAGAUUAAAGCAGAGCAGUUGGUGCUCAUUGAAGGCUUUGGUAAUUAGAAGAUGAAUUGAAUCAAAUUCUAUAGCACUCUACUUCUGCUUCAGUCCCACCUUACUAGGGAUAAGUUUGUUAUACUUGAUACUUCCCUAAAUUAUACUGUUCACCAGCUGUUCCUGUGUCCUGGUGCAUUUAAACACUAACAAGUCAUACGUAUGGUAAUGUAGCUACAUGCUUAUAUAUGCUAGUCCCGUAUGUCCUAUUUUGUCGCAGGGCUCUAAGUAACUGUGCCUUUAUCCUCUGUUCCUGAGGUUCUGGAGCUGGAAGCACAUUAGCUUGCACUGAAACAGCAACCAAAGAUGCAACACUAAGAGUGAGAACUGAGGGAAAGCUACUUUGCUUCACAAAGCGGAUUCUUUUUCCAUUACACCUUCAAGUUAAGCCUUCAAGUUAAGGACCGGGUAGACCUUUUAAAUUCAAAUUGAUCUAUUCUGAAGGUUGUGUAUGUCAUUUUUGGCUUUUAGUUAGUUCACGGUGUCAGAGGUUUAAUGAAAUAUUAUUUCAAACAUCAUCUGUAGAAAGUAGGAAGGCUGGAAGAAGUAGCAUUUUAAUGUAAAUAAUUUGUAAGAGAUAUAUAUAUAUAUACAUAUGUAUGUAUCUCAAAUCUUACCUGAUGCCUUAACAUCUCUCGUUCUAAUUGUAGUUAAAAAAAUGCGUGGGGAAAAAAAAUCAACCCAUAAAUAGAUCUAGAAAAGUGUGGGGGUUUUUUUUGUUUGUUUUUUUAACUAAUAAUACUUAACGGUGGCUUUUUAUUUCUCUCAGUUGACUGCUCCAGUUUUUUGGAGGUGGAACUAAAAGACAAUCAAACAAUUGAGUAACAGACAAAUUCAUUAAAUUUUAAUGUAGAUCUACUUCAGUCUAUAUACGGAUGCUUCUUCAGUGACCAAAUAGCAUACGUAAAGUCACAAGACUUUUUAAAAAAAAGUGGGAAUUGAUUAUAUUAAGGGCACAGAAACAGGUGUAGAUGGGUAAAUUCAGGAUUAAUUACCAUUCCUCUAUAAAUGGCCUGCAUUUAAAUCUUUCACACUACUCUGUGGCAUGUAAAGAUAUCGGUCUGCUCUGCAUAAGGACCGAGUUUUGAUUAAAAAAGUCUCUAGCAUAAAGAUCUUUAUUUAACAUACCUGUAAAAUGUUCACACUGACGAUGUCAGGGCACGUCCUAAAAAACACGAGCCUUACUUUGCUGUUAAAUGGAUGAUACUGUACUGUGAGCAACAUGGCUAAAUGUACAGAUAAUAUAUAUUUGUGUUGGGAAACGUACCUUCGUCUGUCUCCCAUUUGCAUGCUCAUUCUCAGUUUGUAAAAUUUGCUGGUGUUCACUAAUGAGGUACAUUUUUACAACUUGAAGAUGCACUAAUGAGUUUUUACACUAAUGCCAUUAUUUCAGUACUCUGUUUGCUAAUGUUAUAAAUGAAAUAACAGUAGAAAUGCCUCAUGUUCACAGUAUACUUUCACUAACUGUGUGGAAUGUCUCAUAUCGGCGCUGGAUUUUCUGAUAUCAGUGUGUUUAUUUAAAUUGGAUAUGUAUUGAAUCGAAUAUGGUACUGAUACCAUUGUUCAUUAUGAUUUUUUUUUUCUUUCAGAUAUUUUUUUUUCCUUGUCUUUUAAAUUUUUUGGCAGUCCCGUUAAUGAGCCACUCUUGUUCGUACAGCGGCUGUAUCACUACAUUCUAAAACCAUCAUCUAUGUUUGAGUGUGUUUUAAAGCAAUAUAUGUAGUUCUAAUAUUUUCUCAGCUUGUAGGUUGUACUUUAAACAAUCAGUUUGUUUUCUGUAAUAUUUUGGAAUGAUUGAAUACACGAUCAAUAACAUGUAAACAUGAUUUAAACAUUGCUUUUCCCCCCCUCAAACACAAGCUCUGUAUCCUGUCUGGACUGUGACUACUACUGACUGGCCUGCUUGUGUUUGUGUAUCAGUGAGUUCAGUCCUCUCGUGUUAACUGUGUUCAUACAGAAAGGUUACUAAGGUUUGAUAGACACCUGAUUUCAGUUCCCUUUGUACUUUUAUUUGUUAAAUUGUAUUUUGCUUCUUUUUUGUUUUUUUUUUUUGUUUUUUUAAUACACUUUUCUCAAAUAUU